AUGGCUGGAGCAGAAUUGGAGGAUGGUAUCAAAUACAUCCAUGGCUUCAAUGUGUUUGAUGCCAUUCCCCCCCCCCCCCCCCCCCACCGCAGCAGCACCAGCAGCAACAGACACUUUUCCUCAGUGCUCGAGGACUUGCCCUCCUGGGCCUUCUUCCCAACACAGCCCACCAUCCAGGAAGAGUCGUCCAGCGGACAGCGCAUCGUUGGGGGGAAUACAGGGAGCCCUGGGGAGAUCCCCUGGCAGGUGUCUCUGAUGAGCAAGCUGACCGGGCAGAACUUCUGUGACGGCUCCCUCCUCAGUGAUCUGUGGGUCAUUACUGCUGCCCACUGUCUGAGCGAGGGCAAGAUUGGAUCCUUCAUCAGAGUGGGGGAGCACAAAAUGCAGGUCAGAGAGGAGACGGAGCUGUUGCUGAGCAUCACGUGCACCCGUGAUACGACAAGCCUGUACAACCACGACAUAGCCCUGCUGAAGCUCCACACACCUGCAGUCCUCUCUAACUACAGCCUCCCCAUCUGCCUGGGGCCCAAGGCUGAGAUCCUGCUGAGAGAGGCCUCCAAAUGGGGCAGGAUGCACUUCCAGGACCCCGAAGCCUCUUUCUUUUUUUAAAAACCUUUUAUUGAACUAGGCAAGUCAGUACAGACCUUGUACAGUAGUAUCAUUCAACAUUUACUGGACUUCAUUACACAUAAAGGUUAAUAAAUAGUAAAGA